UUUCGAGAAUUCCCUUUCUGUUCAGAGGAGGAAAUCUGAACCAAACAGCUUUGGCCACUAGGUUUCUUCUAAAGGUUCCUAAGUUAAAAGCUAGAGACAGGAAACCUUUUUUUUUUAAGAAAAAAAAGUGGUGUGUGUGUGGGGGGGGAAGGACCACCCCUGGAUGCAACAGAUGACUUUUAAAAGGCCCUGCCUCCCGGCGCUGUUUUGCCUUAAACGCUUGCAAGCGGGAUAAUUGAAAGAAAGGCAGGGAGGCGGUGAAUUAACUCUUUGUAAAAGCACUUUGUGGGGGGUAAAUCCUGCUAGGCUCCUUCCUUCUCAACCGGUCUUGGGCGGCGCGGAGAACUUUAUCCGUGGUAGGAAGUAAAAUAGAAUUAAAAAAAAACCCAAUAAUCAAAAAGUCAGCGAAAGAAGGAGGGAGAAAGAAAGAGAGAGGGAAGAGUGUGCUGAGCGUCCGCCGGGGUCUUCUCUGUUCUCCCUGCUUGCUUCUCCUGGGACCUUUUUUUUUUUGGCUUCCGCGUUUGCUGAUGGAGAAUCUCCGUUGGAACCGGUUUCUGCAGCUUCUCCUUUUUGUGUCUUUGGUGCCUUUGCACAGGGGACAAGAAACAUCAGUGGAGAGUUGCUGCUCGCGUGGAUAUGAAUGGGCAAGUCAAAACAGAGAUUGCAGUUCUCUGCCUUUCAGUCCUGACUCCAAAGAAUGCAGCAUAGCCCAGGAACAGUGCUGUCACAACCAACUAGAGGAGCUACACUGUACAGCUGGAAUAGCCAUGGCCAGCAAGCAAGAAGAUUGUGACUCCCACAAGGGUAAUUCUACCUGUGAAGACAAGAUAAUUAAGAAAUGCUGCAACUGCUGCUUUAUGGGGAGAGUGGCUCAGAAGCAAGGGAACAGCUGUGAACAGAGCCUGCUGAUGGGAUACCAGUGUGGCUUGGUCUUCAGGGCUUGCUGUGUUGAGGGGCAAGAAAGUGCUGAUACCUUAAUUGUUGACGGUCCUCACAAAGAACUGGAUUCAGUAUCACCAGUAGAAGUUGACCAUGAAGAUCAUUAUCUGAAUGAUCGUUGCAGAGGAGGUGGUCCUUGCACACAGCAAUGUAGGGACACUGGAUCUAGCGUUCUCUGCUCUUGCUUUAUGGGCUACCAGCUUCAGCCUGAUGGUUUCACUUGUGAAGAUGUUAAUGAGUGCAUCACUUCCGCCAACACUUGUGGCAUCGGACAAAUUUGUAUCAAUACCUUAGGAUCCUUCCGCUGUCAGCGUGAAACCAGUUGUGGAACAGGUUAUGAAUUAACUGAGAGCAAUCUUUGCAAAGAUAUUGACGAGUGUGAGACUGGAAUUCAUAACUGCCUCCCAGAUUUUAUCUGCCAGAAUACUCCAGGAUCCUUCCGUUGUCGACCCAAGCAACAGUGCAAGAACGGCUUCAUACAAGAUGCCUUAGGCAACUGCAUUGAUAUUAAUGAAUGCCUCAGUGCUAACUCUCCUUGUCCUGCUGGGCAGACAUGCAUUAACACAGAUGGCUCUUAUACAUGUCACAGAAACGUGCCAAACUGUGGACGAGGCUACCACCUUAACGAAGAAGGGACAAGAUGUGUAGAUGUUGAUGAGUGUCAGCCACCCAACCAGCCCUGUGGAGAAGGUCAUACUUGUAUCAAUACACCAGGGAGUUACCGUUGUGAUUGUGGAGCUGGCUACUAUUUCGAUGGAAUCAGUAGAUCUUGCACUGACAUUAAUGAAUGCCGACGAUAUCCUGGUCGCCUGUGUGCUCACAAGUGUGAAAAUACUCCUGGUUCUUAUUACUGUAGCUGUACAAUGGGUUUCAAACUUUCGCCGGAUGGGAGAUCUUGUGAAGACUUGAAUGAAUGUGAAAGUAGCCCGUGUAGCCAGGAGUGUGCUAAUGUGUAUGGCUCCUAUCAGUGUUACUGCCGUCGGGGCUACCAGCUCAGUGACAUAGAUGGGAUCACAUGUGAAGAUAUUGAUGAAUGUGCUUUACCCACUGGAGGACACAUCUGUGCCUAUCGGUGCAUUAAUGUUCCGGGGAGUUUUCAGUGUACUUGUCCCUCUUCUGGUUAUAGGUUGGCCCCCAAUGCACGGAAUUGUCAAGAUAUUGACGAGUGUGUUGCAGAAACACAUACCUGCGCGUUCAAUGAGACAUGCUUUAAUAUCCAGGGUGGCUUCCGCUGCCUAUCUUUGGAGUGCCCAGAAAAUUACCGGAAAUCUGGUGACACAGUCCGACAAGAGAAAACAGAUACUGUCCGUUGCAUUAAGUCUUGCCGACCAAAUGAUGUCAACUGUGUGUUAGAUCCAGUUCACACCAUUUCCCACACGGUCAUUUCACUGCCUACAUUCAGAGAAUUUACAAGGCCUGAAGAGAUUAUUUUCCUUCGGGCUAUCACACCAGCAUACCCAGCCAAUCAGGCAGACAUUAUAUUUGACAUAACAGAAGGAAAUUUACGGGAUUCUUUUGAUAUAAUCAAGCGCUACAUGGAUGGCAUGACUGUGGGUGUGGUUCGUCAAGUAAAGCCCAUAAUUGGCCCUUUUUAUGCCACCUUGAAGCUGGAGAUGAACUAUGUUGUAGGAGGGGUUGUCUCGCACCGUAACAUUGUCAACGUGUACAUCUUUGUUUCAGAAUACUGGUUUUGAUUGGGCCAACUAUUUUGAUGGAAGCAGGAGAGAUUGUAAGAGAAUGCCACAAACCCACAGAAAUGUGUACACUUCUUUGGAUGAGCUGGGGUGGAUGAAUAAGGCAAAAUAACCUUCUUUUCAAAGAACGUAUUUGGUUUAUCUUUGAAUUAAAGGACAAAUAGCAAAACUAUCUAAAAUAGUAGUAAGAUGGAGCAAUAUCCUUGAGUCCAGUCUAGUCAUAUUUUGUAUAUAUAAUUAUAUAAAUAGCAUGUUUAGAAGCUCUGACCUCCCACUGAGUUUUAAACCUUGCUGAUUGGUUUGUAGAAGUCUGUAUGACAGGAUGCUGCAUGCAAGAUUUGGCAGGAUGAAAGCCCACUCCCAGUUUUGUAGAAUACUGCAUCUAUUAACAUUUGGUACUCUGUAUAUUCUCCCGUGAAGGGAGUGGGUGUGCUGCAGUGUCUCACAACCUACUUUCAAGUGUCCAGUGUGUGCAUGCAUUUACACACAUAUUUUAGGGUCUCAUUGAAAAGAACUGAGGUCACAAAAGCACCCAUUAUAUAAGUUACUUGGGAGUAUUAAACACUGUUAUGCCUGGGGUACUGAGGCCAUAAAUGAUUU